GAGUCCCCUCUGGUCUCCUCACCCACCCCCGCUGCCCACUCACCCACUCACCCACUCCACUCUACCCGUGGGCCCCACACUCCUCACUCCAAACCCCCGGAUGCUGUCCGAGCUCUAGCUACAAAGAAGCUCUCAAUCUUUCCAGUUCUACACAAAGCCGACAAACUUGUGUAAGCUUCAAGCUUCCCCCUCGUCAUUAAUAAGCUCUCUUGGAAAGCUCGCCUCCCCCCCUCCUUGAAUCCAAACUCGUCGUUGGGUCCACAGGAAACCCUGCCUUCUAUUCUAAGGUCUCCCCUUCUCUUCUCCCGAUGACAUUGGCAUUUAAUUGGAUCUUUUGUUGUUAUCUUAACUUGGGGUAGUUUGUUCUUUAGCCUUUUGCGCUUCUCCCUCACUGCGGUUUGUUUCUUUGCUUCUUUCUCCUUGACCCACCAAAAGAAAUACCCAAAUGCUCUCCCUUUUCUUCUUCUUCUUCUCCUUCUUGUUCCUCUUCAAAUGGGCUUAGGUGAGCAUUUUUGAAUCAACACUUGGGUUUGAUGCUCUUUAUCACAAAGCCUUACUAAUGGCUUCAUCUUCUUCCUGUUUCUCUCUCGUCUCCAAAUGGGCAUUCUUAUUUUCUCUCAUUUACCCUUCAUUAGUCCUGUCUUGUGACCCUAGUGAUCUUGUAGCUCUUCAGUCCUUUGUCAGUAACCUGAGCAAUGGCUCCAUUGUUUCCACUUGGUCCGCUGAAACCCCGUGCUGCAAUUGGGUUGGUGUCUACUGCAAUAAGAGCUCGGAUAGAGUUACAAAGCUCAGUCUUUCAGGCCUCGGGCUUGUUGGAUCCAUCUCGGGUUCUCUUGGCAAUCUAACUCAGUUGAAAUCACUGGACCUCUCUAGGAAUUCUCUCGCCGGCGGCGUCCCGAUUCAGCUCGGCAAUCUCGUGAACGUUCAGGUCCUCAAUCUGAGCUACAAUGGACUCUGGGGUCAUGUCACCGCACUUGGCUCUAUGCAAGCUCUCGAAUGGUUGGAUCUGUCUUCGAAUUCCUUCAAUGGCUCGUUCUCUGAUUUUAGUUUGGGCUUGCCCAAUUUGUCAUUCUUCAAUAUUAGCAAUAACUCGAUGAGUGGCUCAAUUGGCUCUGAUAUCUGCAUUGGCUCCAAAUCUAUUCGGGUUAUUGAUUUCUCGAUGAAUUUCUUCUCGGGCUCGCUUGCUGGCGACAUGUUUGCUAAUUGUGGCGGUUCUCUGAAAGAAUUAUACCUUGGUUUCAAUUCUUUGUCAGGUAAUCUCCCUGCCGAGCUCUUUGAGUUGGUUUCUUUGGAGAAGUUGUCGCUUGAAUUUAAUGAGUUUCUGGGUGGAUUGGGCGAGAAUUUGAGCAAUCUAUCAAGUUUGAGAUCACUGAUUUUGUCGGAGAAUCGAUUUUCUGGUCCAAUUCCUGAUGUGUUUGGUAAUUUGACAAUGCUUGAGAAGUUGAUAGCUCCUUCCAAUUCUUUCUCUGGCGAUAUUCCAAAUUCUCUGUCUUUGUGUUCAGUGCUUAGAGAACUCGAUUUGAGGAAUAAUUCUUUGGUGGGCCAUCUUGAUCUUGAUUUCUCUAGCUUGCCAUUGCUCACUUCUCUUGAUCUUGCUAGUAAUUUUCUGGAGGGCUCUCUUCCUGUCAGCCUCUCGACUUGUUCCAAGUUGGAAACUUUGAGCCUUGCUAAGAAUGGAUUAUCUGGUGAAAUUCCUACUGAAUUUGGAAAUCUUGAAUCGCUCUCAUUCCUUUCAUUGUCAAAUAACAGCUUCCAUAAUAUAGCCAGCGCAUUGGCAGUGCUCCGACAGUGUAAGAACCUUACAACAUUGAUCCUAACCAAGAAUUUCAAUGGCGAAGAGGUCCCUGAGUUCUCCAUUGAGUUCCCACAUCUUCAAAUCCUUGCAUUUGGCAAUUGUGCUCUCCAUGGUGAAAUUCCCAUUUGGUUGAUGAGUUGUAAGAAGCUACAAGUCUUGGACCUGUCAUGGAAUCGUUUUCAUGGGAGAAUUCCUUCAUGGAUUGGACAACUCGAAAAUUUGAUCUAUUUGGAUAUCUCUAACAAUUCUCUUACCGGUGAAAUCCCAAAGAGUUUGACUCAACUCAAGAGCCUCAGUCUUGCAAACAGCUUCACGAAUGGCAGUUCGAUAGUCAUGCCUCUCUAUGUUAAACGGAACGAAAGCGUUCUUGGGCUUCAAUACAACCAAGUUUCAAGCUUCCCGCCAUCUUUGUACUUGAAUGACAAUGGGAUUAAUGGUUCAAUAUGGCCAGAAUUUGGGAAGCUAAAGGCCCUCCAUGUAUUGGAUUUGAGCAGAAAUAACAUUUCGGGCAUAAUUCCUGACACAAUCUCAGAGAUGGAGAAUUUGGAGAUAUUGGACCUCUCUUGCAAUGAUCUCAAUGGUUCUAUUCCUCAGUCUUUGAGCAAACUCACGUUCUUAUCCAAGUUCAGUGUAGCCCAUAAUCACUUGGAGGGAGAAAUUCCAACCGGUGGCCAAUUCUUUAGCUUCUCAAAUUCUAGCUUUGAGGGCAAUCUAGGGUUAUGUCGAGGACCAGACACUUGCAAUAAAACCAAAGAAAUUAUUGGUAUGACUCCAGAAAUCUCAUCAAAAAUGAAUGGUAGGGUUGGGAGAAAAAGCGUUCUUGGAAUCACAAUCAGCAUCAGUGUGGGGAUUGUAGUUCUCUUUAUUGUCCUCUUGCUUAACUUGUCAAAGAAAGAGGCAAUCGAUCCAACAAACGAAGAAGAUGAAGAAAUAGAAGAAGGAGCAUUUCGUCCUUCUGACUCUGGAUCAAAGCUUGUCCUCUUCUUUCAAAACUCAGACAGCAACAAAGAGCUAACAAUCAGCGAUCUACUAAAAUCCACAAACAAUUUCGAUCAAGCCAAUAUCAUUGGAUGUGGAGGAUUCGGUCUAGUCUACAAAGCUUACCUCCCCAAUGGAACCAAAACUGCAAUCAAAAGACUUUCAGGUGAUUGUGGUCAAAUGGAAAGAGAAUUUCGAGCAGAGGUAGAAGCACUCUCAAGAGCUCAACACAAAAACCUCGUCGCCCUAAAAGGCUACUGUCGUUAUGGCAAUGAUCGACUCCUAAUCUAUUCCUACAUGGAGAAUGGAAGCCUUGAUUAUUGGCUUCACGAAAAAUCAGAUGGAGGCUCUCUUCUUAAAUGGGACUCUAGGCUCAAAAUAGCUCAAGGCUCAGCGAGAGGACUAGCUUACUUGCACAAAGUUUGCGAACCAAACAUUAUACACAGAGAUGUGAAAUCCAGCAACAUUCUUCUUGAUGAAAAAUUCGAAGCGCAUUUGGCGGAUUUUGGACUUGCGAGGCUAAUAAGGCCAUAUGAUACUCAUGUGACAACUGAUUUGGUCGGUACUUUGGGAUAUAUUCCACCUGAGUAUAGUCAGACUCUGACUGCGACUUUGAGAGGAGAUGUGUUUAGUUUUGGCGUUGUUUUGUUGGAGCUUUUGACGGGGAGAAGACCUGUGGACGUUUGUAAAGGUAGAGGGUGUAGAGAUUUGGUGUCUUGGGUGUUGCAGAUGAAAGCAGAGGGGAAAGAGGAGCAGGUUUUUGAUGCUGUGAUUUGGAGCAAGGCGAAAGAGAGAGAGUUGAUGGUGGUUCUUGAGACUGCUUGUAGGUGUAUCGUGUCGGAUCCGAGGCAUAGGCCGACGAUUGAUCAGGUUGUUAUUUGGCUUGAUGGGGUUGGUGUUGAUUCUUGAUUUUGGUUUUUCUAGUUUUUGUGUUUUAAUGUUAUAUUUGCAAAGGAUGCGAGUGAGAAACGACAGGGGGAGUGUUGGGAUUCAUAAUUGUUCGGAGGUAUAAUAAUGUAAAUAAAAUGUCCCUUUUCCAUAACAAUACCUUGAGUUCGAUAAUUUUUUUAGCCUUUCUCAUGCAUUAUAGAUGGUAUAUACCUGCAGGUCUUAUUUUAUGCAAUCGGUUGGAGACUGUAAUCUUGAAU